AUGGCGUGUACAUCUCCUACGCUAAAGUGGAAAAAAGUAACAACAGCUUCUGGAAAUGUUCCACGAUCCCGUCAUGGACAUCGAGCUGUUGCAAUAAAGGAUCUUAUUGUUAUUUUCGGUGGUGGAAAUGAAGGGAUUGUCGAUGAGCUCCACGUGUUCAACACCGCUAUGAAUCAAUGGCACUUGCCUGCCGUACGCGGAGAUAUUCCACCUGGCUGUGCUGCGUUUGGUAUGAUUGCAGACAAUUCUAGAAUACUUCUCUUUGGUGGCAUGUUGGAAUAUGGCAAGUAUUCCAAUGACCUCUAUGAGUUACAGGCAACAAAAUGGGAAUGGAGGCGUCUUAAACCCAAGCCUCCUAGGAAUGGUCCCUUGCCAUGUCCUCGAAUAGGCCACAGUUUCACGCUUGUUGGUCAAAAGGCCUUCCUUUUUGGCGGAAUUACAAACGAUAGUGAAGAUCCCAAAAAUAAUAUUCCAAGAUACCUUAAUGACUUGUACGCGCUUGAGCUUCGCCCCAAUUCCUCAGCUAUGUGCUGGGAUAUUCCGGCUUGUUAUGGUGGCCUUCCUACACCCCGUGAAUCCCAUACUGCAGUUGCCUAUCAAGUUAUGGAUGGUGUAUCCAAGAAAUGGCGACUUCUUGUCUAUGGUGGUAUGAAUGGCACUCGGCUUGGAGAUAUUUAUCUUCUUGAUUUCGACACGAUGAAUUGGACUCAGCCAAUAAUUUCUGGUAUUCCUCCACAACCAAGAAGCCUUCAUAGUGCCACAGUCAUAGGCAAUCGAAUGUACGUAUUUGGUGGUUGGGUGCCGCUGAUUUCUGAUGACAUGAAAGCAACAGUUGAAAAGGAAUGGAAGUGUACAAAUUCACUAGCCAGUUUGAAUUUGGAUACAAUGUCGUGGGAGUCGAUUCAGAUGGAUGUGUAUGACGAUAGUCAAGUCCCACGUGCAAGAGCUGGCCAUUCAGCUGUCGCAGUCAGCACUCGGCUUUAUAUUUGGUCUGGUCGUGAUGGUUACAGAAAAGCUUGGAAUAAUCAAGUCUGUUUCAAAGAUUUGUGGUUCCUUGAAACGGAUAAGCCCGCAGCGCCUUCUCGUGUUUCACUUGUUAGAGCUGGUACCACAAGUCUUGAUGUUUCAUGGGGACCAGUGCCAACUGCCGAUGCCUACAUUCUUCAGAUUCAGAAGUAUGAAGUAUCGGCCACUUCUGGCGCAAUAAGUCCUCCUGCCUCUAGGAUGUCCCAAAUGUCAAAUGUGGAUUCACCGUCUACAAAAUCCCCUGCAAGCAGUAGUAUGGGUUCUCCUGUUGCCCCCACUGCCCAACGCUUUGCUACUCCUACUGUUGGAUCCGUACAGGCUUUAUCGAAUGUGGCAACGGCUUCUUCUGUUCGCCCAAUCACUACCGUUGCCGGUUCACAAGUUAGCGCUAGUGCUCAACGAGUACCUACUGUGGUUACUCCGACAGGCUUAAAAAUUACUCCAGUUCCUAGCGGUACUUCUAGUGUUCGUCCGACAAUUUUGGUCUCUUCCCAAUCUCAACCUGGUGGUUUGAUUCGGUCUACAAACAUGGGAACUGUUACACGACCUCAAAUAAUCUCGGGUUCUAUUAGACCAGCACCCUCUCCCAGUCCCUCUGGUUCAACCACUUCACCGAGUUCGGUUGUUCAUCUCGUAAAGCCAGGUAGCCUAAUUAGACCCAUUAAAAUACUAUCAUCUGCUUCAUCUGCCUCCUGUCAACACACUAUCAAUAUGAGCUCGAAGACAAUUUCCGUUCAUCCAACUCCAGUAGGUGGCAAGCCACACGUUAUUAAAGCUUACCCAGCAAAUGUCAUCCAAAAAUCGGCACCUGGAAAACAAAUUUUUAUCACUAGUGGAACAGGAUCACCUCGUUCCGAACACGCUUCUGGUAAUACUUCUGUUGCCCCACGACAAGUUGUAAUUGUUGGCUCUUCUGGAAAUGUGAGUGGCACUGCCCAGAGUAAUGUUGUCUGGACAACUUCUGGCACUCACUCGACUGUUGACAAAAGCAACGAAGAGGGUGGACAGAUGGGUUCGAGUAAAAUCCCUCAGCUUGAUGGGAUUGAUGAUGAUACUGAUGGCGAUAACCCAGAAAAUAAGGAUGAUGUCAGCGCCCUUGUCGGCAAUAUGGCUGAAGAGGCUGCUGCGGAAUUACUAGCAGAUGUUGGUGAUUCUCAUACCGAUGCUCUGAGCUCCGUAACCAGCGAAGGUGAUGGGAACAAACGCUCUGUUAUCGUAACCUCAGUUGGCAAUCCUCAAGAUGAAAGUGAUGCUUGUGGUGAAAGCAACACAAUCAAGGGGGAGACAAAACAACCGGGUGACCCACUUGUAACCCUGGCAUCAGUUGCAACUAAACGCGGGGGUAAAACCGUUUCAACAACGGGAGUAGAAGAUACUGAUAGCCAGUCAUCUUUUGACGCCUUCUCUGAUAGCUCUAAACGGUUGCGUUCGAUUCCACUUAAUGUCUCCGUGGCAAAUCCCCAGUCAAAGAUGGCUAUUACUCCAAGAAUGACAACUUCCGGAGGCGCAUCUCAACCUCAAACGAAUACAAGCUCCACCUCCCUUCUUACAAGUCGCAGUGAUAGUUCUUGGCAUGAUGUCGGUAUUAUAAAGGGCUCCAAGUGUACUGUUUCGGUGUAUUCGGCUAAUACGAAUGAUGCCGGUGUUAGUGUUGAGGCUCUUGAAGCACUUCAAGGCGUUAACGGAAUCGGUGCAAAUGGUAUUUCACCCCAAGGUCCAAAGAUGGGCCUUGUUCCCGGUACCGCAUACAAAUUCCGUGUUGCAGGUUUGAAUGCUUGUGGUCGUGGACCUUGGUCGGAGAUUUCCGCUUUUAAAACUUGUGUCCCAGGUUUCCCUGGUGCUCCAAGCGCCAUAAAAAUUACUACCAAUGAUCAGGGAGCUCAGUUAACCUGGGAGCCUCCUCAAACUACAGCUGGUCGUAUUGUUGAGUAUUCUGUCUAUUUAGCGGUUAAGUCUCAACCAGGAAUUGUCAAAGAACAGCAGGAGUCUAAAUUGGGAACAGUGCCCUCUGGAAUGGCGUUUGUUCGUGUUUAUGCCGGUUCACAGCCAAUCGCAUUGGUUCCACAUUCGGUCCUCACCAAAGCACACUUGGAUAUGAAUGCGAAACCAGCGGUGAUUUUUCGCAUUGCCGCUUGUAAUGAAAAGGGAUAUGGUCCGGCUACUCAAGUCCGCUGGCUUCAGGAAUCUCACAACUUUGGUCAAGGAGUAAACGCAGGAAACACUCCGCCUGAAGCUGUUUCUCCAGGGUCAUCUCCUACGCUCAAGAAACCCCUUGACACCUCUUCUGAUAGCACUGGUUUAUCUCCUGUGAAACGACUGCGGAGACAGGAAGAUUUGUCUUAA